AUUCGUCAUAGAUACGUUCUAAAAGUCCUGAAUAUAGAAAAUUAAAUGGCGACCGGACCAGUGGACAGCACAAUCGCUUUUCAGAAUUUUCACAUGAUAUGGAGAGUUGCGGGCCGGAAUCCUCCUCAGAAUCAUCCUGGAUUAUACUUGGCAUAUUCUGUAGUCUUGAAUAUGAUAGUCACCAUCUGCAUUCCGGUUCUAGUUCUUGCUGAAGUCCUUCGUUUUCAAGAUACCGAGGCUCUUAUGCAGGACAUGGUAUUCUAUGUGGAGAUCCUGGUGACCUCUUUGAAAUUUUUCACUUUGUGGUAUUAUACGGAUAAGUUUGAGAUUGCAAAUGGUCUCCUAUUGAUCUUGGACAAAAACACCAAAUCCGACUGGGAGCGAGCUGUAGUUCGGCAAAUCAUAGCCAAAGCGAAUCGAAUAUUCACCACGUAUUUUUGGAUAACGAGCGUUGUUUUAUUGUGGAGUAUUUUUGGGGCUCUUUUCGCCAAAGAAAGACAACUGCUUUGUGCAAUAUGGUUACCAUUUGACUGGAGGUUAUCCAGAGGCUGGUUCUGGUUAGCAUUUACUUAUGAAACCUUGGGGUUGUACCUAUUAAUUUGUAUAUCGGUCCCAAAUGAUUGCUACGCGCCAAUGUAUCUUAUGAUUUUGAAUGGACAUUUUCAGAAUCUAGUGAGCCGAAUUGAAUCCAUUGGUAAUAAGAACCAGACUGGAGAUCAGGCCAAAAAAGAGUUGAUUGAAUGCAUAAGGCUGCAUGAAAUUAUUACAGAGAUAUCCAACAUUAUAGCCCCGGCCAUUUCAAAAACGCUAUUCCUUCAAUUUCUAAUCGCAGCCCUGGCUCUGGGAAUAUCCGUAGUCAACAUUGUCUAUUUUAUAGAUGAUCUAUUUAAGGCGGGGAAGUUCCUAACCCUCGUAUUCGUGAUUUUUCUGCACAUGUUUCCUUGCUGCUACUACGGCAACAAAUACUCGGAAAAUAAUGGAAAGAUCCUGAAUGCACUGUAUUCAUGCCACUGGAUCAACCAGGAUGAAAAAUUCAAAAAGACCCUUAUCAUUUUCAUGGAAUUUAACCACGCGACCAGAUAUUUUUGGGCUGGCAAAAUUAUCCCAAUCAAUUUGGCAACAUUUGUGUCGAUUACAAAAUUUGCUUAUACACUUGUGACUUUUCUGAACAAUAUGAAAAAUUGAAACGGAGAAUUUCGGACAUGGACCACAAAUGAACCAUAAAUUAAACGCAAAUCACCAAGUUUCAAGGAUAUCAGAUACUAGUUCACUGUUAAUUGUUAUGCGAUAUUAGAAUAUUUCACAAAUUUUCUUGUUGUCAGUCUCUAUGUACGAGA